UGGGAAACUUAAUGUAUAAGGAAGAGGAGGCAGUCUUUUUUGUUCUUUUGGGGACACAAAAGGGAAAGUAAGACUGCACAGAGACUUAUAAUUAGAGAGUGAAGGGAAAGAAGUAAGACCAUAGACAAAGCAAGUGAUCAUAAUCUGCACUGCAUGGCUUACAUUCCACCGCACAAGAGGCAAACAACGGGUUCUCCAUUGCUGAAUCCAACUCCGACACCGGAUUUUCUGAAUGUCAAGCCGUCGUUUGGGGAGCAGAGGAGAAAGAAGAAUCAUUUUCGCGGGAAAAACAUCGUUUACAGGAGAUUUUCCAUCUUGAAAUGGUUCUCUGUUGGCUUGGCUAAUGAUUCGCUAUUUUCAUCUCUUGUGAGGCUACAACCUGUUUGUACCGAAUACUUCGAGCGAUAUUCAGGCCAAACACCGUUAGCUUUGGUUCUAAUGGAAGGUGUCUGUAAAGAAACAAAUGAGCUUAUAGAUGCACCAUGGCUUGUGGUUUCGGAAAAGGUAAAGCCGGACAUACUUUUGUCAUUUCAACAUAUGAAGAGUGAGAUGGAGGAAGCUGAUAUGGCACAAGUAAAGCCGUCUGUAGUUGCUCGUUUCGGAAAAGUUCUCUUUUAUGGGAAUUCCUCAAUUUGUGAAGAAUCCCUGGAAACUAAACCCCCAAUGAAUGAAACAACUGUGAGAAAAAUGGAACGCAACUUUUAUACAAAUAUUCCUGCUGCAUAUAUGGAUUACAUAGAAAACCAAGUAGUUGAGAAACUUGGGCUAGAAUAUGUGCAAGGGAAAGAAUUAUACAACGUAGGGCUUUCUGAUAUGUUGCAACCUGAUUCAACUGUUUCUUGCAAAUGUACUGUGGCCAAAGAUCAUAAUAAGAUUGAGCUCUAUAAGAUUGAGUCGAACCGAGUACGCCACAUGGUAGCAGAUAUGAGCUGUCUUGGAAAGAGUUCAGAUCUGAGGUUGAUUCUAUGUACCAAGAAAAUCAAGAUGAUUUUAUCUGAUGAGGAGAUUAAUGAAAUUAAAGAUCUUAUUGGUUCUGCCAUUUUGGACUCAGAAGUUCAGGGUGGCUUGAGAUGGCCGUUAGGCAAGGAUUCUUCAAGUGGUCGAUAUGCUGCUAUUGGUAUUGGUCACACAACUUCAAAAUCAUAUAGAAAUUCACCAAUUAGGUUUAAGCUUCGGCAUGCAGAUCGAUUUGAUUUAAGAUCUUCAACUGGUGAGGUUACACGGGAGAUUUUCCUGAAAAUGCCUGGAAUUGUAUCCCAGUUACGAAAGCAAACAGUCGAAGAAAAUUUGGUGUUUGAAAUGCUGGAAAACAACUUGAAGUUAAUCUGGGAACAUUGUUUGUUAGAUGGCUCUUCAAGCUGACCAUGUUUCGUGCCCCUCACUUUCUCUCUGCUGAAAUAAGAACUAGAGUUGAACGAAAAUGUUAUUGCACCAUGUAGUUUUGGAAUGGCAUGAACCGACCAGCCUCGGAUGUUAGCAAGGAACAUUGGUUUUUUGACUGUAAAUAAUUUUGUUGUUAAGCCUUAAUGCAUGGAACAUCUUAUUUGAGCAGA